ACUUUUAUUAUGUAAAUGUCUCCGAUACGUCACGCGUGACGCGCGAUCAGCUGGGACUGAGAAGAAAAGACUUGGCAAGUCAACUUACAAAUGUUAUUGGUAAAUAUGAGAGGCGCCGCGUGAUUUUUCAUCAUACGAUAAAACUGUGAUGUGACAGAAGUAACUGUAACUGCCCAGAACUGUCGCCCGCCGUCAAAAUCAAUCUACAGCAGAACCUCCAUCCACAUGAAUAACAGUGGACUCUAAUGGAGCAGCGUAAGAUGAGAUGAAGUCUCUCGUGUGUUUUACGCAGUGAAAUCCGAGCAAAGCCAGAAUCGGGUAAAUGAACUCCAGUGAAGCAUCGGCUCGGCCAAAAGCACCUCAUGUCGUUUCUGGACUGCACCUGUAUCUCCUCCCACUCACGAGUCCAGACCAUCAGCAUAGAGGAGCAGUAUGAAGACGUCAGCCAUCAGUGCUCGAGCAGUGACGUCUCUCCGUGUUCUGUGUUGACGGAUGAAGAUGACAUCACAGAUCUUUCCACUGACCCCGCCCACUAUCAGCUGCUCUCACAACUGGGCCGGGGCUUUAAUAACCUCAGUCAGGUGAGCAUGGCUCGACACAUACUGUCCGGCCGGCUGGUGGCGGUGAAAAACACUAACCUGGACGAGUGCACAGAAGAUGAGCUGCUGCAGCUGAUGAAUGAGGUUCUGCUGUCCAGACUGUUCCGUCACCCAAACCUGCUGACAUCCAGACUGGUGUUCAGCUCGAGCUGUCAGCUCUGGGUUCUGUCUCCUCUCAUGAGCUAUGGUUCUGCAGACUCUCUGCUCAGGUCGUGUUUUCCGGAUGGAAUGAGCGAGUCUCUGAUAGCGUACCUGCUGUACGGGGUGCUCCGAGCGCUGGAGUACCUGCAUCGCAUGGGUUAUGUGCACAGGGGUGUGAAGGCGAGUCAUGUGCUGCUGUCAGCUGAAGGCCGUGUGUGUUUGUCGGGGCUGCAGAGCGUGUACAGUCUGAUGAAGGACGGCAAGAGGAUGAGAGCCGUGUUUGACAUGCCUCAACACAGUCCGUCUCUGCUGCCCUGGCUGAGUCCUGAGCUGCUGCGACAGGAUCUUCACGGCUAUGGAGUGAAGUCAGACAUCUACAGUCUGGGGAUCGUAGCGUGUGAGCUGGUCAGUGGCAGAGUGCCGUUCCAGGACAUGCCGCCCACUCUGAUGCUGCUUCAGAAGCUGCGGGGUUCUCACUGCUGUUUCCUCGACGUCCCUCCUUAUCCUCUCGGAGACAUGGGGGCGCUCAAGGUGUCCCGCUCCGGUGUGGAUUCGGGGAUCGGCGAGAGUGUUGCGACCGGAAGUCUGACUCGUACUGCCACUGCAGAGAGACCUCAAAGCCCCGCCCCCAAAAACCACUCGGCCACACUGCACAACCUGGUCCAACUGUGCCUGCAGCAGCAGCCUGAGCGCAGGCCGUCUGCGACAGCUCUCCUCACCCAUCCCUUCUUCAGACAGGUGAAGAAACACACGAGGGACUCUUUCCUCAGUUUGAUGUAUCCGGCCGUGCCAGUGUCCUGUCCUCCAGACACGCCUCCGUCUGAAACACCCAUCCAGACCUGCAACACCCCGUCACCCACCCACCCCGAGCCCGAGGACAGCGUGUGGGACUUCUCCUAAACCUCGCCAUCUGUUUCUGUCCUAACCAGCAGCUAGAUUUGGUCAUUUUGCCGUUCACUUAGUUUGUAUUCAUGUCACAUCAUGUUACGGUAGCCCCACCCACAGUGAAAUCUCACUAAAUCCCACCUCUAUAUUGACCAAAGUAUUGAUGACAUCAUCUUGCACUCAUGGGCGUAUCUACAUUUUUAGCCAAUCAAACAUCUGCCUAGACAUUUCCUGAUUAACAAGCGCAAGUAUAUACUCGUUAAUGUCUGUGCCCCCAACUAAAAGCCUUUUAGCUUGGGCUGCACGAUUAAUCAAAAUAAAACUGAAUUUGUGAUACAGUGCGUUUCUGAAAUCUCAAAGGCUGCCUUUUAAUUUAUUAAAUGUAUAUCUCUCUUAAAUACUUGACAUUUUUAAAUGUUACAGUGAAAU